CUCAGAUCCUCCCUCCAAUCUCUUCACACCUUCAAAUCUUGAAAGAGAAUGCUCCAAGUCUCCACACCCCCCUCUUCACCAAAAACCUCUGCAUCUUCAUCACAACCCUUCCCUGAUUCAUCUUCAACUUCAACUUCAACUUCGUUUCCCAUCAAGGUUGAGUUUUGGGUUUGUUACAUCUGAAAUUCUGGAGUUCAGCUAAAUCAAGAUGCCGUGGGUUUCCUUGUUUGUGGAUCAUAAGAGGAAUUGUGUUCGCUUGGUGGUGUUUUUUCGCGUGAUUCUGUAAUUGUAUUAGCUCAAGUGAAGUCCCAUUAGGUUAUAAAGGGAUCCUUUGAUUUGUUUUCUUUUCCUUUCAUUACCAAAGCUGCUGGGAGGGUUGAUAAUGUACUUUGCCACAACGGCGAAGAGACAACAGGCCUUGAAGGAAGUUGGGCAUAUUAAAAUGAGUGUUGGAGUCAUUGCUUAUAGUCGAUUGAUGUUAGUUUGCCAGGCUGAGUAUUUUCGUCAGUUGCUUAAACCUGUUACGUAGUUUAGCAGGGAGGGAUUGCCUUGGACACCAUCGUUUGAAGGCUGCAGAAGUUGUCAUUACUUGUUAGGUGGAAAUCGAGAUCACCUUAGUACCUGCUGUUUAAUUUUUAGGUUCCUUUAGAUUCUUCCAUCCAGCUUUAGUACAGGUUAAUUUCCAGUUGCAUAGGCCAAAUCAUUGCUUGCUUGUAUCUUUCUGAGAGUGCACAGGUAUUAUAAUGCCGACUCGUGAAUAUUUUCUCCCAGAAAAGGCGGUACUUCCUUUGGCAGGUGUUGCGAUUGAUACUUGCAUACAUGCUCCACUUGCUUCUGCCUUUGAUGCAGUUUUACCUCCAGGUGUGAGGCAGAUAACGCCCUCUGAAAGAUUUAAAUUGCAGCCUUCUGUGAUUUGCCCUAAGAAUUUCGUUAUCUGUGAUCAAACACGUCAGCAGGGCAGGAUUUUGGUCCAUCCUUCGAUGACCUCCAAAUUUAACAGUCAUGGCUUAAUGGUUCAUGCUACUUGCACUCAAGAUCUUGAAAAGAAUAAAAUUAAUCAAAUGGAAAGGGAAUUUUCAUCUUCUUUUGAAGAGGAUCCUGAUGACAUUGAUGCAUUGUUGAGCCUCGAAGUGGAUGAGCUUGAAGACUCGGAUGAGGAAGAAGUUAGCACAGCAAGGACUCGUGAAAUUUGUGAAAGUACAUCUGAUACUUGCUCUAGUUAUUGCUCAAAAUCAAGGAAGAAGAGGUUGUCAUCAUCUUCUGUACAGAAGUCUUCUGGGACCAGGGGUUACUGCAACAGUGAAACAAACCACAUGGAGAUGAAAAAUAUGGUGAGGAUGCUGAGAAGGAUUGUGCCUGGUGGAGGUAGCCAAGUGGAUGCUGUUUCUGUUCUAGAUGAAGCUGUUAAAUACCUCAAAUCUCUCAAGGCUGAAGUGGAGCAAUUCGGAGUUGGACCAUGAAAAUAAAAAUUGGACAUUCAUUUGCUGCAGCAACAGUUGGACUCGAUUACCGACUAUUUGUUAUCCUAUAUGAAUUAGCACCCUUUUCAGACUCGGAUAUGGUCCUGCCCAGAUUCCCUUUUAUGAGAAGAGGCCUUGCAAGUAAUAAAUUGCAGCUGUCAUUUUACUUAUUCUGGUUAUGUAAAAAAAAAUACCUUCAUAAUUGUACUGUAAGUUUGUAUGCCAUGUGAUUCAAAUCCAACUUUUGCAUGGGAUUUUAUGUUCGUUUGAA